CACACACACACACACACACACACACAUGUCUUUUCCAACUGCUCUGGCAGGGCGAGCUGCCAACUUUUCCCCAAAUGUCUAACACUUGUCUUUGUCUAUGCUGGGAGUUUUUUGUUUUCGAGGAAUGACCCACUCUGUGUGUGUGUGUGUGUGUGUUGGAGGGUCCUAUUUGGGUGGGGCUGCAUAUUCUUGUUAACACAUGAGCCCGUCUGACAUGCUGGACGCCUGCUUUACACGUUAAACUCCCAACAUUUUUGUUGUGGCUGUGACUGUUUUAACACGUCCGAUCUGUCAAUGUUCACAUUCACCUUCACCAAGAGACCAAACCACUCAUACGACUCCACAUGAACGUGUGAUUGGUUGUAGAGAGUAUGUGUUGAGCUGAGGAUAAACCAGUGCUGCAGAGGGAUCAAUAAAUCCAGGUUUAAUGACACACAGUUUAUUCCAUCCUAACUCCUGAGGUUCUGUUUUUUCUUUCUUUUUUAAAGAACAUGGAAACAUAUUAAACAUGUCAUCUCUGUUUCCAUAACAACAUGAAUGUGGAGGAGGGAUUGGCUUCAACUGUUCCCAGUGUGCCUGUGUCUGAGAGAGAGAGAGAAAGGACAGCAUCUUUGAACAAAGGUGUGACUUUUCUGGGUAACUGUCCGUGGUGCUGAUCGCCUUCCACCAGACUGAAGAUGUGUUUAAUUGGUUUCAAAGCAUCUGACAUGUUGGACCACCUGUCAUGAAGUCACUGAUCCACCAGAGGAUGACCUCAUCCCCAUUAGUUUAGAUUUUGUUUUGUUUUUAAUGUCCUGCUGUUUUUGUUAAAUUUGCUCUAAAUCUUUUUUUCCAAACAGGAAAUUGUUUUUCUUUUUCUUCCAUAAAUAAUUGAUGUCACUUUUUUUUUCAGGGAACCUUUUUAUAAAUGUACCUCAGGCUUAAAUGCAUCUAGCAGUGCUGUGUUAUUUGAUUUCUUCUGAUUAUCUUUAGGCUUAUGUCCUAUUUAGCUAAUGUUUAGCUACAUUCUGAUCACACGUGCCUGUUUGCACACUUGUUUGGCUGCUUUACUCCUUUUUACCAAAGGCUCUAUGAAAGAAAAAUUAAUAGUACCUAUUAUGUAACUAAAAAUAAAUUACAAAAAAUAAUCCUUUAUUUUCAAAUAUUAUAAAAUACAUUUUUGAUGCUAGAUUUGUUUUUAGAAACGUAUAUUUCCCAGCAGUACAUAUUUAUUUUUCUUUAUUAUGUGAAUAUUUCUUUAUGCUGAAUUCAAUAAUCUUUUGUCUUUUUCACUGUCUUUUUGGCUAACCAUUAGCUACAGUAUUAAACCUACAUCUCAGCUGAACUAGAUUUUUACACACACACACAUAUACAAUGUUAUGUUUGGCUAGUUGAUAUUUCAUUUAGCCCCUCCCCUUUCUCAGCUUCCGGCUCAGACUCUUCCUCCUCCUCUUCCUCCUCCUCCUACGAUCUCUAUCUUUGUUUCUGGAGCUACAGCCCAGGUUUUCUCCUCCUCGUUUGCUGAUUUUCUCUCUCAGCAAAAUAUCAUUGGCUGGAGGCUGAAUGACUCGUGAGUAAGCAUUUACAAACUGUGGUUCUCCUCACAACAUCAUCAUCAUCAUCUUCUUCUCAGCUCCUCUCCUCUCACACCCUCUACUCACUCACUGAAAGCACCUGCUCCCUGACACCAGACAAGUUGGCAGCAGCUGAGCAGACGUGCGUAGCUGAGACAUUUACAAACCACCCGCUGAGCAGCAGCAGCAGCAGCAGGAGCAGCAGCAGCAGGAGCAGCUACACCCUCAGGAUCCUCUCAGCUCCGUCAGCAUGUCCAGCUCUGGAGAAACACCGGGCUUCUUCGGCGGCCCUGACAGCAACAGACAGAAAUUCUGUGGUGUCUUCUGUCCAGUGGAUGGAUCCUCUGAUAGGAGGAGGAGGACGGUGGACUUUGAUGCUCUGUCCUCCUGCAGAGGCAGGAACCAGGAGCAGCAGGUCAUUGACAGACAGAUGGACAUCUCCCAGCAGAGGAAGGUGGAGAUCAGGGAGACUUCAGGGAAAGAAGCUCUGCAGAACCUGGACAACGGAAGGAGCGAUCGUCUUCUGAUCAAAGGAGCAAAGAUCGUAAACGAUGACCAGUCAUUCUGUGCUGACGUCUACAUGGAGGACGGCGUCAUCAAGCAGAUUGGGGAGAACCUCAUCGUUCCUGGUGGGGUCAAAACCAUCGAUGCACACGGUCGUAUGUUGAUCCCCGGAGGCAUCGACGUCCACACACGGUUCCAGAUGCCUGAUCGAGGAAUGACAUCGGCCGAUGACUUUUACCAGGGAACCAAAGCAGCUCUGGCAGGAGGAACCACCAUGAUCAUUGACCAUGUGGUUCCUGAACCUGGUGCCAGUCUGAUCUCAGCCUUUGAGCAGUGGCGUCAGUGGGCCGACAGUAAAUCCUGCUGUGAUUAUUCUCUGCACGUGGACAUCACUGAGUGGCAUCGAGGACUUCAGGAGGAGAUGGAAACGCUGGUCAAAGAUCACGGCGUGAACUCGUUCCUGGUUUACCUGGCCUACAAAGAUAUUUUCCAGCUGACCGAUGCUCAGGUGUAUGAAGUUUUUAGUGUGAUCCGCGACCUGGGGGCCGUGGCUCAGGUUCAUGCCGAGAACGGAGACAUCGUGGCUGAGGAGCAACGCAGGAUCCUAGAUCAGGGGAUCACUGGACCUGAAGGCCAUGUUCUGAGUCACCCUGAGGAGGUGGAGGCUGAGGCUGUAAACCGCUCCGUCACCGUAGCCAAUCAGACCAACUGUCCUCUGUACGUGACCAAGGUGAUGAGCAAAAGUGCGGCUGAUAUCAUCGCUCAGGCUCGCAAGAAAGGUACUGUUGUUUACGGUGAACCCAUCACUGCAAGUCUUGGAACUGAUGGUUCUCACUACUGGAGCAAGAACUGGGCCAAAGCUGCUGCUUUUGUCACUUCUCCUCCCCUGAGUCCUGAUCCUACAACACCAGACUAUCUGAGCUCUCUGCUGUCCUGCGGUGACCUGCAGGUGACAGGAAGUGCUCACUGUCCCUUUAACACGGCCCAGAGAGCUGUGGGCAAAGACGACUUCAGCCUGAUCCCUGAGGGUGUGAACGGCACGGAGGAGAGGAUGUCCAUCAUCUGGGACAAGUGUGUGGUUUCAGGUAAAAUGGACGAGAACCAGUUUGUGGCAGUGACUAGCACCAAUGCUGCGAAGAUCUUCAACCUGUAUCCACGGAAGGGUCGGAUUUCUGUGGGCUCUGACGCUGAUCUGGUUCUGUGGGAUCCAGACAUCACCAAGAUCAUCUCCGCAAAGACCCACAACUCGACGGUGGAGUACAACAUCUUUGAAGGCACAGAGAUCCGUGGUGGCCCUCUAGUGGUGAUCAGUCAGGGUAAGAUGGUCCUGGAGGAGGGAACUCUCCACGUCACUGAGGGAUCAGGACGCUACGUGGCCCGAAAACCUUUCCCAGACCACGUCUACAAGAGGAUAAAAGCUCGCAGCAGGCUGGCAGAGCUGAGGGGUGUACCACGAGGACUGUACGACGGUCCAGUCUGUGAGGUGUCAGUCACACCUAAAACCAUGACUCCUGCCUCGUCUGCCAAGACCUCACCUGCCAAACAACCAAACCAACCAGUCCGCAACCUGCACCAGUCUGGAUUCAGUCUGUCUGGAGCUCAGAUUGACGACAACAUUCCUCGCCGUAACACUCAGCGCAUAGUGGCGCCUCCCGGUGGCAAGGCCAACAUCACCAGCCUUGGUUAGACAGCCGACAGCCGCUGAGGAGGAAACAACGACAGAGAAGAUGCAACAUAGUGGCUGAAUACCCCAGGGGGCGCUCUGUCAGUGAAACCUCUAUCCUUAAAUUCCACCUCAGCGUUUUUUUUCCAUGCAACAAAUGUCUUCUUUUCUCCCAGAUCCUGAUCAGAGAGACACUGCUAGAAAGAAAAGAAAAAAAUAGAUGAAAAUAGGAUUUUAAAAAAAUCUUAAUUUUAGCACUUUUUGAAAAUGUUAUUUUGCUUUUUUGCGUAUUUUUUUAAUCCUAUCACAAAUUCUCGGGAUAUAUUUUGCUGGGGUUUUUUCAUAACAGUGAAGUGUUGUGUCAGAUGUCAUACAAUAUUUCCGUUUCAUUUGAACAUCUUUCGGUUUUACGUGUCAUUAUGUUUUGUUACAUAUUUAAAAUAUGUAAUCUCUCAUAGUGAUUGAGUCUGCUUCCUACAGUCAUAUCCAACCCUAUUGGCCAGGAUUGGUUUUGUAGCUGAUAUAUAU